AUGUCUCUAGAAGAUCCAUUUUUCGUUGUUAGAGAAGAGGUACAAAAAGCUCUACAUACAGCUCAUGGUUUAUAUACAAGAUGGAAUGAAUUGCAGGAUCAACCUAAUCUAGUUUCUAAAGAAGAAACAGAUUGGACAAGUAAUGAAUUGAGGAACUGUUUACGUAGUAUAGAAUGGGAUUUAGAAGAUCUUGAAGAAACAGUUGAUAUCCUUUACAGUUUCCUUAACCUUUUAUUACGUAUUGUGGAGAAAAAUCCACGUAAAUUCAAAAUUACAGAAAAUGAAAUUAGAGAGAGAAGAAAUUUUAUUGAAAGAACGAAAGCUUCUGUAAAGGAAAUGAAAGGAGCUCUAUCUAGUCCCAAAUCUAGUAAUUAUCGUAAUGGUAUAGGUGAAGAUAAUGUACGUCAAUCAUUAUUAUCUAAUGGACCUAGUAGACCUCAAGAUAGAUACACCAGGUUAGAUGAAGAGAUGGAAACUUCAAAUCAAAGAUAUAUUGAUGAUGCUCAACAACAACAAGCUUUAAUAAUGAGAUCACAAGAUGAUACUCUAGAGUUAAUUGGUGGUAGUGUUGGUGUAUUAAAAAAUAUGUCUCAUCAAAUUAGUGGAGAAUUAGAUGAACAAAAUGUGAUGUUAGAUGAAUUCCGUCAUGAAAUAGAAUCAACUGACUCACGAUUAGAUGGCACCAUGAAAAAAAUGGCCAAAGUUUUACACAUGUCCAAUGACAAACGACAGUGGACAGCAAUAAUAGUUUUAAUUGUUAUUUUAGUCAUAAUAUUGAUUUUAUUCUUUGUCUUAUGA